GUUCUAGGUUUAUAGUUCAGGCUCCAUACAUUAGCCCACUGCUAAAAAAAUUAGGGUUUUAGUCUUAUAAUCACUUCGCACCUCCUUCUUCGUCGUCUUCACUUGUCACUCUGCGGCGGUCCACUUUUCUCUCUCCUCUGCUUCCAUCACAGAUAUAAGCAAUGGCGGUUCCCAAACUUGAUAAGAAGAUAGUGAAGAAGAGGGUCAAGCAGUUCAAGAGACCCCAAUCCGACCGAAAAAUCUGUGUGAAGACCAACUGGCGUAGGCCAAAAGGUAUUGAUUCGCGAGUGAGAAGAAAGUUCAAGGGAGUGACUCUUAUGCCAAAUAUUGGAUAUGGGUCUGACAAGAAGACACGUCACUUCCUCCCCAAUGGCUUCAAGAAGUUUGUUGUGCAUAACGUCGGUGACCUUGAACUUCUAAUGAUGCACAACAGGACUUACUGCGCUGAGAUUGCUCACAAUAUCUCAACCAAAAAGAGAAAAGAUAUUGUCGAGCGUGCUGCACAGCUUGAUGUUGUUGUCACCAACAAGCUUGCAAGGUUGAGAAGCCAGGAAGAUGAGUGAUCAUGGAACCCAAAAGUUUUGUUUAUAAUAGAUUUAAGAGGUCUGAGCUUUCAAUAUUAGGCAAGAACAUUACAAAUCGUUUUAUGAUUGUCUUUUCUUGUUUUAAUUUCGCUGUAGUUCUUCAUGUUUCUGACUCGUUUUUUGGAAACUGGAGAUUUAUUUUGUUGUAUUGAGAGCCCAAUGUGUUUAUCAGGGAUAAGAUUUGGGAAAGUUUUAACAAUUGGACUAAAUCAAGUUUAGGAAUACCAAAUAUUAUUCUAGGGGAUUUUAAAGUCAA